GGUGGGUGGGUUGGUCUGCUUACUUGAAAAGACAAACAGAAAAUAGAACAACCAUAAAUGUGCUAAUUUCUGACAGAAAUGAAAUUUACUUUCUAAGUAAAUGGGAGGUGAAUGUUUUUAUUUCUAAUGGCAUGAAGCAGGUUGAGCUAAGAACCUGUGUUGCAUCAUGCAGUUUCUGUGCUACCUGCCACAGCGUGUAGCACUUGGUGUUUAAUGUGUCAGCACAAAUACUUGCAGAGUUAAGUAAAAUGUGUCUUCUUCUGCAGGCUCCUCCAGAAGUAUCUGGAUGUUCUUUUAAAUGGCAAGAGUGGACUGAGGAUAUUUUUCCCACUUUGUGGCUGGCAGACAUGGGACACAACGUUGUUGGUGUGGAAGUAAGCGAACAAGCACUGAAGGAUUUUUUUUCAGAACACAGUCUGCCUUAUUGUGAGGAGCCAGUCCCAGAGAUUUCAGGAGGAAAAAUGUUCCAGAGUACCUCUGGCAACAUUUCCCUGUACUGCUGCAGUAUUUAUGAUUUGUCCAGCUCAAUAGUUGGUAAGUUCGAUGGAGUUUGGGACAGAGGAGCUCUUGUAGCUGUGAAUCCAUGUGACAGACAACGCUAUGCCAGUUUGAUGAUCAACUUAAUGGAGAAGAAUUCUUCUUAUCUCCUUGUUACGGUUUCAUAUGAUCCAAACAAACACAAAGGCCCACCAUUUUAUGUUCCUGAAUCUGAAAUUAAAAGCUUGUUUGGCAGCUGCUGUGAAAUUCAGUGUCUUGAAAAAGUCGAUGACUUCUCAGAAAAGCACAAACAAUGGGGAUUAGAUUAUUUUCUGGAGGUUGUGGAGAACAGGAGGGGUGCCUGAGGACUGAAGAAAAGACAGUGUCACUCCAGUCUUCAAAAGGGGCAAGAAGGAGGACCUAGGAACCUGCACGCCAGUCAGCUUCACCUCAAUCUAUGGAAAGGUGAUGGAACAACCCAUCCUGGAUGUCAUCUCUAAGCAUGUGGAGGAAAAGAAGGUUAUCAGGAGUAGUCAACAUGGAUUCACCAAGUGGAAAUCAUGCUUGACUUAUAGCCUUCUAUGAUGCAAUGACUAUCUGGGUAGAUGAGGGAAGAGCAGUGGAUGUUGUCUACAUGGACUUCAGCAAGGCUUUUGACACUGUCUCCCAUAACAUCCUCAUAGGUAAGAUCAGGAAGUGUGGGUUGAGUUAGUGGACAGUGAGGUGGAUUGAGAACUGGCUGAAUGGCAGAGCUCAGAGUGUUGUGGAGAAUCUAGAUGGAGGCUGGAGCAAGCGGUGUUCCCAAGGCUCAGUACUGGCUCCAGCCAUGUCCAGCUUAUCCAUCAAUGACCUCAAUGAAGAGACAGAACAUACCUGCAGUAAGUUUGCAGAUGAUACAAAACUGGGGGAGUGGCUGACACAGCAGAGUGCUGUGCUGCCAUCAGCAAGACCUGGACAGGCUCAAGAUCUGAGCAGAGAGGAACCUAGUGAAUCUCUGUGAAGGCAAGUGCAGGGUCCUGCACCUGGGGAAGAAUAAGCCCGGGCAUCAGCACAGGCUGGAAAGUAACUCUGCGGAGAAUGACCUGGUGGUCAACAAGAUAGACAGCAGUGUGCCCUUGUGGCCAAAAAGGCCACUGGUCUCCUGGGAUGCAUUAGAAAGACUGUGGCCAGCAGGUCAAGGGAGGCGAUCCUGCCUCUCUAAUGAGCCCUGGUGAGGCCACAUCUGGAGUGCUCUGUCCAGUUCUGAGCUCUUCAGUACAAGAGAGACCUGGACAUACUGGAGUGAGUCCAGCAGAGGGCUAUGAAGAUGCCUAGUGGACUAGAGCAUUUCUCUUAUGAGAACAGGCUGAGAGAGCUGGGAUUAUUUAUCCUGAAGAGGACAAAACUGAGAGGAGAUCAUUAAUGCUUACAAAUAUCUUUAAUGUCAGGUGUCAAGAGGAUGGGACCAGACUCUUUUCAGUGUUUCCCAGCAACAGGACAAAGAGCAACAGGCCCAAACUGAAACACAGGAAGUUCCAUCUGAAUAUAAGGAAAAACUUCUCUACUUUGAGGGUGACAGAGUACUGGAACUUCUCCCCUUUGCAGCUUGUUUUGAAAGGAAAGUAUGAUUGCAAUGUAGUGUAUUCAUCAAGAAUAGAAGUAAAAGCCAUGAGGUUUUUUAGACUGUUGUAGUCCUAGAGCUGCAAAUGGGUCUAAUGAUUUUAGCACAGCAGUCCUCACGCCUACAGCCCAUUGCAACACUCGAUAUUGCUUGUAGAUACUCAUGUUUCAAGGUCAGGUCGACAGAGAGAAGAGAUGUAGCCAGUGGGCCAGGGCAAGCUCAGAGCUGUUAUUUUUGUAUGUUUUCACUUCUGGUCACUACCGCAGCUACCAGGAUAAAGCAUCUCCUUUCUUUGAAUCCAGAAAUUUUUUUCUAGAUGCAACGUGAGAGCUGCUGAAUUUUAUCUCAGACUUCCAGACACAUGAUAGCCUCAGAAGGCCAGGUGCUUGACAUGAGGCUGCUGCAUGCUCUGUGAUGUCCUGUGCAGGACUCUCAUGUGACAAUCUGGCAAGAGCAAUGCCAUGUGCCAAAUGAGCCAUUUUGGGAUGUGUAAGAUGCCUUUGCCAUGUGUGUGUACCCUGCAGUUACUCUGAGAAAACACCGUAAUACACCUUGCAGAACAAGCACACGCUGUUCAUUGUACCUUACAAGACGUGUAUAUUUACUUGUCUGAGAAAGGUGUCACGAGUGAUGAAUGUAAAUAUUUUCAUUGUGUUUUCUAAAGUUUUCCAGAACAGCAAGAGAAAUAUGAUAAAGAUGGUCAGAGGGACGGAGCCCCUCUCCUAUGAAGACAGGCUGAGAGAGUUGGGGUUGUUCAGCCUGGAGAAGAGAAGGCUCCAGGGAGACAUUAUAGCGCCUUCCAGUAUCUGAAGGGCCUGCUGGAGAGCUGGAAAGGAACGUUUUACGAGGGCAUGCAGUGACAGAACAAUGGGUAAUGGCUUCAAACUGACAGAGGAUACUGACACUGGCACAUGUUGCCCAGAGAAGCUGUGGAUGCCCCAUCCCUGGAAGUGUUCAAGGCCAGGUUGGAUAAGGCUCUGAGCAACACGGUUUAGUGGCAGAUGCCCCUGCCCAUGGCAGGAGGGGUUGGAACUUGAUGAUCUUCAAGGUCCUUUCCAACCAUUCUAUGGUUCUGUGAAGCUGUGGCUUACUUCCUUACUCUGGUAGGGAUAUAAAUAGCACUAGCAGUGGUGUGGUAACCCGGUAACUGGAUGUCUGUGAGGAUCUGGCGGAUAUAUGAAUAAUCUGAUGAAUAUAUGAAUAAUCCGCUGGAGACAGGAAGGCUCGGGUGGAUAUUUGAACAUUCUGCUGGAUAUUUGAAUGCUCUGGCGGACAGGGGAACGCUGAUGACCCCGGCAGGGCGGG